AUGGCCACUGCUCUUCCGUCAACUGUCAAAGGGAAAGGGAUGGAGAAAUAUAUAGAAGACGUAAACAGCGCGAAUAGUCCCGAAGAAUAUGAAAGUAAGGUUUCAAAGACCGGCUACUCUACGUCAAAUUGGAUGAAGGUGCUUUUUAACACAUGCGAGGAAGAGUUCCAUUCUGAAUGGCUUACGACCGAUGAGUACACAGCUCUGGCGGAGGAGAGUAUGGAGGACGCGUGGCGUGUCAUUAACUUGCCUGACUGGACCCUAGAGAAGAAGGGCUCCCGCAAAGGUGACAUUGUGGAGUCAAAGAAGACUGAAAAAUUUGGGAAGGUGUAUAGAUUUACUGGCUUGGUGGAAUGCCCUCCAAAGUUCAUGUACGAGGAGUUUAGAGACAAUUUCACAAAAUUGCCAGAGUGGAACCCCACCAUUUUGAAGACUGAAACCGUUAAGAAAAUAGGCCCUGGUAUUGAUCUAUCUUACCAGGUGACAGCUGGCGGGGGCCUUGGUAUGGUUGCUCCAAGAGACUUCACCAGCAUCCGGCGAACUGCAGCCUUAUCUGAGGAUGGCAAAGUGGUGGAUGAUGAUGACAAUCCUUACAACUACAUCACCUCUGGUUGCAGCAUUUCAAUACCUGGAUAUCCACCUAAUAAAGAAUUUGUGAGAGGUGUAAACAAAGUAGGCUGUUGGCUGUUGACUCCUGAAAUAGUUCAAACGUCUGAUGGCAAGACGGACACCUACACCAAAUUCCAAUGGCUCAUGUGCUGCGACCUAAAAGGUAAAAUUCCCCUGUUCGUGCUUGACGUUGCGUUCGCGACUGUGAUGCUGGAUUACAUAGUGCACGUGAGAAGAUUCGCGGCAGAUUGUAAAGCUAAAGGACGAUUCUAA